CUUCUUGAGUCCGAAGAUGAUGGCAUGAGUGAUGUGGAUGGGGGGAUGGACACUUUCUUUCAGUCACGGAAGCCAGUGACCCCAGCUACUGAGACUACCAAGCCCAAGCAGCGUGAUCCGAAAGGAACAGCAGAGAAUGGUAAGGACGAGAGAGAGAAUACCAGGCCUAAGGCCAAGGCCAAGGCCGAAUCCAAGAGAAAGCCUACCAAACCUUCUGGCAAUGCAAGAGAGGGCAAUGAGUGGGCACGGCAAGAUGAGGAUCAGGUCAAGAAGUACACCGCCGAGAUGGAUGAGAUCACUGGCAAGUGGUCCUCAGUCAUGUUUCAGGAUACCGAUGCUGAGUUCAAUACCUUUUGGUCUGAAGCAUCUAAAUCGUUGAAAUUCAUUUCAGCAUCCAUCAAGACCAAGAUGAAGAGCUGCAAGCGGCGCAAGGUGGACAACCCAACAGCUGCGUUUGAUGAGGUUGACCAACAGUGCACUAUGCUCACUUCCUUUGCCAAGGAGAUGGCAUUGCAGAGUCCAUCAGUUUCCGUCCUACACACAGCCUUUGACAUCGAGAAGAGUGGAGUUGAGCUUUCCGCUACAGUGUGGAUGAAGAAGGCUAAGGUAGACCUUGCGGAAGACUUGCGCUACCAGAAGCUUGACCAGAUUGCAUUGUUUUUUCAGGGAAACACCGAGGUGAUCAAUGUUCUUGGCAGGAAAACAACGCCGAUCCCUUUGGAAGAGUUCAUCGAUAUGACCUUGGAGGCUACAUCUGCCAAUGAAGAGAAUGCAGACUUCCAGCCGAUCUCUGAAUUGAAGACUGACAUUUCUCGGUUGCUGGAUGAAUGGAAGGACAAAGACCAUUGCUCACCAGAAUUCUUUGCUGCUGUUCAGUUGAUCUUGAAGGAGAAGAUUUCCAGCAUCGAAGUCGGUGACAAUGCCGCAAAACAAACCUUGCUCAAAAAGGUUUGUGAGCCUAUCGGUCAGCUUGUGGCGAAGGCGAUUGACUACCACUGCAGAGUGGAGCUUUGCGGCUGGCUGAAUCUUUGCAUGAGUCGGACUGUUGACAAGAACGAUCUUCCAACCAUUCCAGUUUGGAGCAUUGGGCAGCUUGCUGACAACAUGCACAAACUGCAGAAGGGUGACAGAGAGUUUCAUCUGGCUUUGACUGACUUCAGUGCUUUUGUGGCCUUGACAGCGGAGAAAGCCACCAAAGCAUCUACCAAUGAUCUUCUUCCACAAAUCAGGUCUUCUUUGUUGGCGGCCAUGGAUGUGAAGGAGGAUGAUGGUGAUCAGAACAAGGCACGGGAGACCAAGUUGAGAGAAGCCAAUGAUUUGAUUCAGCGCUUGCAAUUGCUCAGUGCGACACGCAACGAAAAUGAGUCACCUGAGAAGAGGUUUGCCAAGACGGCUCGUACUUGGCAUGACAUGGUCAAUUCCGUUUCUCAGUGGGGUGAGAAUAGUGGUGUGAAUCAGAGUGCAAUCUUGGAGAACAUGAGCGCACCUACCACAAAGAAGGAGUCUCAGGCAUUCUCUGCUAUGAAGUCUUGGCGCGCAGCAGCAUCUUCGGGGUUGACUUUCACUCAGUUGUGGGAUGUCAUUUUCCAUGAUGACAACCUUGAUGCAACACAAAGUACUGAGCUGAAAGGCAAGAUUGAAACAAUCUGGAACGAGAUGGAUACGUGCCUUCAUGCCAAUGAAAUGGCAAUGCGCUUGAACCUGAUUUUGUUUGCAACAAAGGUUGACUUCUUGUGCAAGCGCUUGAAUGACUACUUGGUUGAGUCACACAAGGGUGUCCUUCACUUGGGAUAUCCAACAGAAGCUUUGACGAAUGAGACUACUGACGCAUACAAAAAGCUGUCAGACAAUACUACCUUUGGGAAUGCAGUGGAGGCAUUGUCAGUUGCUUGCGCCAAAGUUCCUGAAGUGGCAGAAAUGUGUGGCAUCAACGUACUGUCUGGCUCCAAUGUUGCAGACAAUCUCAACAAGGCGAAGGACUGCUUGCUAUCAUCUCGAACGGCUUUGGUGACUUCGGUGCUUCUCAAGACCAUGUCAUCCAAAUCUUUUUCAUCAGCCAGCACUUUGCCAGCAAACAAUGCAGCUGUCACCAGGCUGAAGGGCACCCUCAAAGUUCCACUGGAUGCCAUUUCCAAACAUCAGCUUCCAGUUGACAAGGCAUUGAUGGAUCAGGCAAAGGCUUUCAGUCAGAAGCAGUGA